AUGGAAACAACUAGUAACUCGAAGCUAAGGUCGGCAAGAAGCCUUGGAGAAGCCGAAGAUGGCGAGCUUAGUCGUGAUACAACAAACCAAAUCGAAGAUGAUAUGUUGUUCUCAGUUGAUAACAAAGGAACUGAGGACUUACGGAGCCCAGAGGAUGAAAAUUCAACGAUAAAAGAAGAAUUUAAAGUUUCAAGUAGGGAGGAAAAUAACACAAUAUUGGAAAAGGAUGAAGAUGUUUUACCAAAACUAAAUAUGUUGGGUAGUUCCACAAUGGAUAUGUUAGACGAUGCUGUGAAUGAAAGGAGUUGUGAUAAAUCUGUGAACUCAGAGCUACCGACAACAAGCCUUGCAGGAAAUGAAGAUAACGAUUGUAUUCCAAGGACAACAGAACAGAUAUCACAUGAAGGAAAUAAGUUGUCCCCAAAUGAUGGCAAUGGAAUUGAAGGGAAUACAAAUUCAACACAGCAGGAAGAAUUUAAAAUUCCAAGCACGGACGAUCGCGAGAACAGGUAUAGAAAUUGAAAAAUUUUAAAUUUUAAAUGCAAUUUGUAGUAAAGUCGUGGUCAGUUGAUGAGAGUUUGGCAGUCACGCAUUGUUACUGAGGGCAUUUCAAGCUCUAGAUUAACAAAAUAAAGGUUUGACGAGUGUUCCAACUAUGUUAUAACUUAAAUAGAAUACAUGAUAGUGUUGGGAAAGCAUUAAGAACAGCUAACCAAGGUCACGUGACUGCCAACUCUCGUGCGCUCUCAUCCUCGUUUCAUCCAAUAUCAUGUUAAUUGUUGAAUAAGGAUGAAAAUAUUUUAUCUAAAUUAAUAGUUUGCAUAGUUCCAUUGUGACUGAGUUGGACAACGCUGCGAGCUUCGUUGGAGGAGCUGAAAGUUUACCAGAAGAUGUGAAUUCAACCAAAAAGAAAGAAAUUUUCCAAGAAAAUAACACAACUUUUAAAAAAGAUGGUGAAACCGUUUUGUCAAAACUAAAAGUUGCGGAUACUUCGGCAGUGAAUACAUUGGGCAGUGUUAUGAAAGAAAAUCAUUGUAGCAGAUCUGCUGCUGGUAAGUUUAUGAAGUAA